GACCAGCUGACAUUUUCCUCCCUCAGGACCAGCUGUUCAGGAGCCUCCCAAAGGAGAGCCAGGCACAUUUGCGACUUGGCUCAGAGCGGAGAGCCCCGCACGCUCUGGUGCAGCAAUGUCGGUGUUAGAAGAAAGCCGGCCGUUUGCUCAACAGUUAUCCAAUGUCUACUUCACGAUCCUUUCACUCUUCUGUUUCAAGCUUUUUGUGAAAAUCAGCCUUGCCAUCCUCAGUCACUUCUACAUCGUGAAAGGCAACCGCAAGGAAGCAGCCAGGAUAGCAGCUGAAUUUUAUGGAGUAACCCAAGGACAAGGUUCCUGGGCAGAUCGGUCGCCGCUACACGAAGCAGCAAGUCAAGGUCGCCUUCUCGCUCUGCGAACAUUGUUAUCACAGGGUUAUAAUGUAAAUGCAGUAACCAUAGACCACAUCACCCCCUUGCACGAAGCCUGCCUCGGAGACCAUGUGGCGUGCGCCAGAACUCUACUGGAAGCUGGAGCUAAUGUAAAUGCCAUCACAAUAGAUGGAGUGACCCCGUUAUUCAACGCAUGCUCACAAGGCAGCGCUAGCUGUGCAGAACUUCUUUUGGAAUAUGGUGCCAAACCCCAGCUGGAGUCCUGUCUUCCUUCUCCCACCCAUGAGGCCGCCAGUAAAGGUCAUCAUGAAUGCCUAGAAAUCCUGAUAUCCUGGGGCAUAGACGUUGACCAAGACAUUCCUCAUUUAGGAACUCCUCUCUAUGUGGCUUGUUUGUCACAACAGUUCCACUGCAUCCGGAAGCUUCUUUAUGCUGGUGCUGAUGUACAAAAAGGCAAAUAUUGGGACACUCCAUUACACGCUGCUGCCCAGCAGUACAGCACGGAAAUUGUAAACUUACUGCUCGAGUUUGGAGCAGAUAUCAAUGCCAAAAACACAGAGCUUCUGCGACCUGUAGAUGUAGCUACUUCUAGCAGUUUGGUGGAAAGGUUAUUGCUUCAACAUGAAGCUACUCCAAGCACUCUUUGCCAACUUUGCCGACUCUGUAUCCGAAACUACAUAGGGAGAUCAAGAUUGCACCUUAUCCCACAGCUCCAGCUGCCAACAUUAUUGCAGAAUUUCCUACAGUACCGAUAAAGCAGUGAAAUAAUUCUGAAUACUUUCAAACUCAUUUCUAUUUCAUCUGCAUAGUGUAUAUUUUAUAUUGAAUUAUGUUACCGAUAGAGUGUAAGUGACUGGGGGGCCCCAGGACAGAGGCGAAUUUAAAUUUUAAGUGCACUAGUGAGUACUACUGUUUUAUGCAUUUUUACUGUAUUUUGGACUAUAGCAUUUUUAACAUCCCUAAUGUUAUUAGUCAUUCCCAUGUACCCUUUUGGAUUUGGGGGGGACGAGGGGGGAGGAAAUCCCCAUUUCUGUCUUUUUAAAGUGAAAAAGAGAAAGUGAACUCUUACUGAAAUUACUUAUUUUAAAAUGCUUCCAUUCUUCAAAUAAUGCAUUAACUUUUAAGUGUUCCACUGUCAUUGAUUAUCUCUCUGUAUUUUUCAUAUUAAUGCAAAAUAUGCAAAUGGUUUAGAAAAUAGCAACUAAUAUCCUUUUUGAAAUAAAGAUGGGCUAUCAUUCAGGAAACCCACUAUGCUGAAUGUGCACCUGUCGUUACAAUGAUCAGCUUGUGAAGAAGAGAUAAAUUGUCCCUCCCUGCAAAGGUCGCACUAGUCACUUCACCACCUUCAAUGUCCCCAUUCCAGAAACCGGUGGGACUCUGGUUAUGCCUCCUUUGGUCUCAUCCUGAGAUGGUUGGUACAUUAUACCCCUGCUAAGGCUGUUUUAAGACCUCCUCCUUCAGGGUAGCCUCUGAGGGUCUCUCUUCAGUGCACUGUACAUACACUCCAGCCUUCUUGCACCUCAGAAACUGUCUCUAGCUGGUAGGGUUUGGACUGAAGGAAUUGAACUUCAUACCCAAUUGAUAAAGAGGCCUCCGAUCACGCUGCAGGAUCAGGGCCGUCCAAGGCUGUGGCAAACAGAUCGAAAUCUUCUUAAAUUGUGGGGUUUUCAAAGAAAAGAAAGAGCGGGUGCCACUUAGCAAACUCAGAGACCUUAUAAAAUUUACCCCAUACAUGGACCUUUCUAGUGCUGUUUCUGGUCCUUCUUACACAAAGCAAGGGUUCAGCGUAGACUGUAUUAGCAAGGGAGUAUCGGGGUACAAAGUAGUGUCCUCUGCAAGGAUUAAUACUGUGUUUAUUAUCUUCUGCUUUAACUGUACUUCCAUGCAGUAGAAAACAUAAUAAAAUAAAUUUUGUGCCUCCUUUAUAAUUUAGACUAGAUUUGAGUCUAUUGUGGACUAAGAAAUAAAAUAAUCUGGAUACUCACAACUGUGGGAAGUAGAAAAUAUUUUAAUGAGUUUUAUAAAUUAAUCAAAUUUUGAUAAAAUAUUUUGAUCACUAUCUUAAUAACCCAGGGGCCUAUAUUCCUUUCUUUUUAGUUCUUAGCUGACUUUUGGAGACCCAUGGGAAAUACACUACUCUUGAAUAUAACUGCAAAGUCACUAAGAUUGCAUUUUUUAAAAAUCAUGUUUAGAUUUUCAAAAAUAGAAGGCUGUAGCAUGUUGUUUAAAAAUGUCUUUUAUGUGGCUAGAGAGUUUUAUAUGAGUCUAUUUUACCGAAUAUCCCAGCCUAACAAAUUUGUAAUGUCCUCGUGAAUAAUGUGCAUUCAAUUUCUUUAUUAUUGAGUAACCUCAUUACAUAUAAUUAGGUAUUCAGACUGCUUUUCUAGUAAAACAGUUUUCUAUUACUAUUUUCCCUGAGCUAGAGGUAGUCUUAGAGUGUAAGGUAAUGUGAUUCAUCCCUUUUCUUUGGUUUUGUACUAAUAAGAGAAAUAAAUAACAAAUAUGAAAAUUAAAAUGGACACCUUAAAAUUUUAGUGUGCUGGUAUCUUGUAUCUUUGCUUGAGUGUGACUGUCUUAUCAAAGAAGUAUUCUCAUUUAAAUAUAUCAUCUGUUUGUUAAUAUACUAAAGUGUGACUAUUAUCCCUGGAAUAAAACACCUUUUCUUUUCUCUCUAA